GCCACAGGUGGCACUGCCUCCCGUGAAGGCAAACUCCAGUCCAAAGAAUGGCAAGGCAGAGCCGAAAGAGGAGAAAAAGGAAGAAAAAGCUGAAGCUGAAAAGACAGAAAAGGCUGAGGAACCAGCCGAAGCACCGGAGGCCGAGCGGCCAGUCACGGCACCUUCGCAUGUGAUGACGCCCGAGGAGCAGAAAAAAGCGGAGCAAGCUUCAAAGGAGCUCAUUGCGGACACUCUGAAACUUCUGGAAAAGACGAGCUGUCACCGGAACAAGAGUCUAGAGACAGUCUUCAAGGUCAAGCAGGACACAUCAAGAGCAAACCAUCGAUCGGAAGACUGCCUUUCCAGGCGAACAGCUGAGUUGGCAGAAAUGAAGAAGCAACUGGAGAAGCAUGCGCUCGACGUGGAGGCUGCAAUUCUCCGGGCAGAGCGUUCUCUUGAACGCACGGAGCGGAGGCUAGACGUCAAGGACAACAAGAAGGUGGAGAAGUUCAAGCAG